AUGGCCAAGAAGGGGAAGAAUGGCAAAGAAGGCGGCGGCGUGGUCGCAGCGGUGACAAACCAGGGGGCUAAGUUCUCAAGCGAUAACACUCCCACGACCACCAAAGAUUCUUCUCUGAACCCCUCGCCCGUCGUUUCCCCCGAGAUGAACCCCUCGAGCAUCUCGUCGAACGAGAACCCCAUCGUCUCGCCGAUGUUGGAUGCCGUCUCGGCCACGUCGUACGCAACUAGCAACUCGCCGAAUACAAGGGAAUGGGCUAGGGGACUGGGAGCAGCUAUGGCCGGCUCCCCAGGAAACCUUAUCAGCUUGUCCGGGGAGUCCCCACCGACAGCCCCGUCAUCAUAUGAGGAUGGCCGCGGGAUGCGAUCGGGCUGGUCGUCGCCUAGGCCCGCUGUUGGCUUUCACCCAGCGUCGGUCUCGCCCCCUGUUGGCGGCCGCCGGCCACUGAGCUUCCACAUGGACAACCAAUACUCCGCCCCGGACGUCCAUCACCAGCUCGCUGCGGCCGCUGCACGGCGCAGCUCGAUGCAUUCGCAUUACUCGCAGGUCCGAGCAGCGUCGAAUCCGCCACUUCCCCAUCAACCACAACCACACUUCUACGGCGCGCCCCCUCUAGAUGUUGACCUACCGCGUCAGACGGGAAUGAAGGCGGGCGAUAAGGGGUAUUAUUUUGGCUUUGAUACUCUUUCGCCGCAAGACGUUGACCGCGCCCCUGGAAAGGAUAGCGUGGUACUGGCCGCCUAUGAAGGCGGGCUCGAGGUAUACUCUGUUGGGAAACGGGGCCUCGAGAGCGUCGCCAGUCUGAAAGGGCUCCGCGGGGGCGUGUACCACGCCAAGGUGUUGCCAUGGACGCCCGAGAACUCGGACUUGUUUCCUUUGGUGGCUGCUGUUGUUCAUGGUCCCAACGUUCCGCCACCGACACCCGAGGUGAACGUGGAGGGUGACUACGAUGCUGUUUCCGCUGAUAGGUCGGAGGCCAUGCGCAGCGCUAGUCCUGAACCCUCUAGAAACGUGGGUAGCCGGGCUACCCCGGGCUUCAUCGAGUCGUACCAGACCACGGUCGAGGUCUUUUCGCUCAAGACGGGCCGCCAAGUGAGUGUGCUUCUUGAGGCGCCGAAGAUACCCCUCAAGGCGUCCAUCUCAGGCCCAAACUUCCAGCCGCCCCCUCCUGCUGGCGCAUUCCAUAUCCACGCCGAUGAAGGCAACGUCGUGGUAUCAUCUGGGGUGACAGGUGAAUGUUGGGUGUACCGCCAGACUCCCGCGACGGACGAGUACCCGCUUCAUUUCCGCUGCCACGGUAAACUGUGGACCACUCUCCAGCAGCCGCUCAAAGGAGAGGCCCCCCAGGAGGCCGAGCGCGGCCAUUCCCCCGCUCUCCCACGUCCAAGGCCUCAGGUCGCGAUUCUCAGUGUCAAUGGCAGGUUCAUCGCCUAUUGCCCACCAGCCCCAUCCUCCCAGAUUGCGCUCCGAGCAAUGGUCCCGGUGGUGCCGUUCGGUCGUGCUCCAGGCCUAGCUUCUGUGACACCACCACAACUGCCGCCCGCUAACGCCGACCUGGACCUCCCCCUCGCCGAGAGCGUCAUGAACAAGAUCAUGCGAGAUGCUACACAAGAGCUCAUCCAAGGCGCCAAGUGGGUCGGCAAGCAUGGCUGGCAGGCCUGGAACAACUACUGGAACCCGCAGCAGAGUCAGCAGCAACCUCAGUCACCUACUCUCGGAGCUCAAAGCUGGGGCAGUGCGGGCAGUGCGCGGCCAGACCCCUCACAGUUUCCCCCAACACACGGCGCCGUGGCCCAACCAAUAGUCAAGGAACCUGGCCUGGUCUCGAUAUUGGACAUCGAGACCCUUGGUGUGUCGGUGAACCCACACCCGAUUACUAGCUUUGCUAUCCCGCACGGCUGCAGCUUCCUCUCGUUUUCUCCGUCCGGCCUCUCCCUGUUCAGUGCGAGCAGCAAGGGCGAUGUGCAGAGUGUUUGGGACUUGAUGCGGAUUCAACACACAAAAUCAUCUCCUCUGCAGGCAACUGGAUCGCCUUCCGGGGGACCGCGAGUACGACAGGUCGCCCAGUUCACUCGGAUGACGGUAGCACGCAUUGUUGAGGUCGCCUGGACGCGCCCAAAUGGCGAGCGGUUAGCCAUGGUCACGGAGCGUGGCACCGUCCAUCUGCUGGACUUACCAUCGAGCGCCUUCGCAUGGCCUCCCCCGCGCCGCCGACGAGCUCCAGAGACACAAGCUGCCGCGCCCGAAGGGCCAGCCAUGGCCGUCUCGAUUGCAUCCAAUGCACUAAGUUCGGUCCGCGAUGUUGCUCGUCCGCUUAUUAACCGCCAGCGUCGGAGCAACUCGAACAACGCUCAACAACCAGCGACAGGGUCGGGUAUCGGCGAAUACGCCACGCAAGGCGGUAAAGUCAUCGCGGCCAGUAUCAGCCAUUCGUUGGGCAAGACUGGCAAUGCCAUCAACCAACUGCGACACACCGGCGAGAACAGAGUGUCUCUUCCGAGUUCUACGUCACUCCCGGGGCCGUCAUGUGUGGUCUGGGCUAACGGGAAGAGAGACCACUCUCUGUUGGUUCUCGGUGGCGGUCUCGUACGCUCGUUCCCGGCUAGGAACCGGCGAACGGUCUCCGGGGCGGAUAAAAAGGCCCCGCGCCUGUCUCGGUACACCGACUUUCAGGUCCGUUUGCUGCCUGACGACUUCCUUUCGCCUCUCGCGAGGAAUAUCAUCGACCCAGAUGAGCACCUGGACAUCGAAGAUUUGGACGGCGGCAACAACACCAUGGUUCUUCACCAGCCCAAGUCCCGCGCCCGACUCCACGACCAGAGUGCCGAAUCCUCUAUCCCUCAGGCGGAGAUAGAGUCUAGUGCUCCUUAUCAACCAUUCCAUACCGACAGACGCGUGGCGCUGUAUGAGUUGGGGGUUUCUCAGCAGGAAACGGACCUUACCGCCCUCAUGGCAGCAACUUCGCUCGACGAGACAGCAACAGAGGAGCCCGCGCCACGUAAGAAGAAGGGAUCUAAGCGACCUCGACCCCAGGCGAACACCAGCGGCCCCACGGCAUCUACGGCCGCAGCCACGGGCCCUUGGGUCUUUGGUCAGAACAUUACCGCGACUAAGCUCGAUCUCGGCGUACCACAGUAUCUAGACGAAGACUCGUUCAGCGGCAACGCCAAUAUCCCGCUCGACGCCUCACGCGCCCUCCCCGCGUCGGCUAUGGAGAGAAUUAUGCAGCGGGGCGGUGAGGGCGAUGAGCAAAUCGUUGUCACCACCCGCCGAAGACGAGGCGCGGCGCCGAACGCGGAGGACGAUGGGUUCUUCGAGGAUGACUGUGAGGUGUUGGAUUUCGCGGAUCAGAGGGUCUGA